AUUUCCUAUUUUUCCGGCCCACUUUCCUUUUUCCAAAGUUUUCCAAGCUACACAGAACUGGGAAUCUAACAAAUGUAUCAGAAUUCUUCCUCCUGGGCCUCUCAGAUGAUCCAGAACUGCAGCCUGUGCUCUUCACCCUGUUCCUGUCCAUGUACCUGGUCACCAUGUUGGGGAAUCUGCUCAUCAUCCUGUCUGUCACCUCUGACCCCCACCUCCACACCCCCAUGUACUUCUUCCUCUCCAACCUGUCCUUGGCUGACAUUGGGUUCAUCUCCACCACUGUUCCCAAAAUGAUUGUGGAUAUCCAAACUCACAGCAGAGUCAUUUCCUAUGAUGGCUGCCUGACACAGAUGUCUAUUGAUAUCCUUUUUGGGUAUAUGGAUUGUACCCUUCUGACUGUGAUGGCCUAUGACAGGUUUUUGGCCAUCUGUCAGCCACUGCACUACAAGGUCAUCAUGAACCCAUGCCUCUGUUGCUUUUUAGUUUUGGUGUCUUUUUUUGUUAGCCUUUUGGACUCCCAGGUGCACAAUCUGAUUGUGUUACAACUUACCUGCUUUAAGAAUGUGGAAAUUUCUAAUUUCUUCUGUGACCCUUCUCAACUCCUCAAGCUUGCCUGUUCUGACACCUCUACAAACAAUAUAGUCGUGUAUUUUCUUGGUGCCAUUACUAGUUUUCUCCCUAUUACAGGGAUCUUUUUCUCUUACUAUAAAAUUCUUUCCUCCAUUCUCAGAGUCCCCUCAUCAUGUGGGAGGUAUAAAGCCUUCACCACCUGUGGCUCUCAUCUGGCAGUUGUUUGCUUAUUUUAUGGAACAGCCCUUGGUGUGUACCUCGGUUCAGCUGUCUCACAGUCUCCCAGGAAGGAUGCAGUGGCCUCAGUGAUGUACACAGUGGUCACCCCCAUGCUGAACCCCUUCAUCUACAGUCUGAGAAACAGGGACAUCAAAAGGGCCAUGUGGAGGUUCAUCAGCAAAACAAUCUAA